AUGGAUCAGCUAAUGGAACUGAACGAUGCACCAUUCGCAAAUCCAGGAGCCCAUGACAUGCAAGCCGUGGCCUUGAAAUUAAGUGGCGAUUUUGCAAGGAUUUCUGAUUGCUUCAUCCUGUCAAGCCAGGACACCCUCUACGACGAUCGUGGGAGGCACUACUUCAAGAACACAUACAUCGAGGGGAACAUCGAUUUCAUAUUUGGCCUUGGAAGGUCACUCUACGAGAGAUGUAAUCUCAUCUCGAAUGUCAAUGCCACAACCAGUGGAUCCUUGACGGCACAAGGAAAAGCCGCGCUCACUAAUUUCACUUCUGGGUACUCCUUCCACAAUUGCUAUCUUGGUGGGACUGGAAAGAUGACGCUGGGCCGACCUUGGGGGAGCAACGCAUUUGUGGUUUUUAGCAAUUGUUACAUGGAGGCAGUGGUAGAUCCCGUUGGCUGGACUCACUGGACUGAUUCUUACGGCCCAUCCAACAGCACUGCCUUUUUCGUGGAGUAUCAAAAUUACGGUCCCGGUGCUCAUUCGUUGAAACGCGCAAACUGGACCAGAACGAUAAAGCCAGACGUUGCUGAAUUUUACGCAAGCACGGAUUUUAUAGACGGAUCGGAGUGGCUGUGAUGGUUCUUGUUCCUACGUUUCAUCCAAAAGCUUUUUUAUCAAGUGUAAUAGGGAUUUUCUUUUC